ACGUUUUGGUCCUGCUUGGGAGGGAGGGGAGCAGGGGGCGCUGGCAUUGGGAAACAGCUUUUUUCCUGGAUAGAGUUACUCAGCCUGUUGAAGAAAAAUAGACUGAGCACAGAGGCCGGAAAGAUGUCAGACUGAAACAUUCUCCUCCUCCGAAGCUGUUGAGAGCUGAACAAUAUAAACUAGAAUGCUUCAGUUUGGAAACCUCCUCGCCCAUUUUCAUCUACCCCACAAAGCGUCAGAGAGUGCUCAAAAGCAAAAUUUAAAGCCGCUUCCAACCCUGUCUGACUUCUUACAACAUUUUAUAAAAGUCACUGGGCUGAGGAAGGAAGAUGUUCACUGCAAUCUCCGUGUCCCCAGCCAGCUUCAAACAGCCAAAGAUGACAUCAACAUGGUUAUCCUGACAGGUCAUGGGAUCUUCUGCAUGGAUGUAAAGCCAUGGAGUGGGACAGUGUGUGCUCAAAACCAAAGCUGGCAUGUGCAAGUGAAAGAAAAAGACCAGAACUUUACCAAUACUCGCAUCGAGCAGGUUGAAGAUCCCCUCAAAGCUGUCAUGAGCAAAACAGCUCAGUUAUGCAGUCAUUUGAAGAGGAGCGGCGUGCCUGUCCACAGCAGCCUCUUCUUCCCCAGGGUCAUCUUCCUCUCCCCCGACUGCAAGCUGGAUGAGGAGCUGAUGAAGAGAAGGGAGGUGGUGCCUUACGGCCAGAUAGAUGCGUUCCUCCGGUCUUUCAAAGAGGGAUAUAUGGGCUGGAUAUCUGAUGCUUUGACUCCCUCCUGGAUCUCAGGUCACCUGUCUUACAGACAGAUAGAGUCAGUGCGAGGUGUCCUCAGGAAGAUGGGAACGUGGGAUGUGAUGAUUCUUCAUGGAGGCGAGCAGCUGAAAGGAGACUAUGAAGGCUGCCAGUACAUCGCGCUCGACCGACAAGAUACUGAAACGUUAGAGUUUUCCAGAGUUAAGACCCUGUGGGCUCUCCUGGGUCAUGUUCCUCAGGUCACAGUUAAAAUGUACAAGCGAGGCCCCCACGGCUGGCUGGGUAAAUGCCUGAAUGCCACCGCCACCAUCCCCUCCAACACCUUUGUGAUCUUCAGAGUCAGCGGCGAAGAAGCGGAUGCCAAAAUCCCAGCAUACAGUAUUCAAAGCAUUACGCUUAGCAUAUGACACAGUGGAGACGAUAAAGGAUUAAUGGAAGCAUUCUGAAUGAAUAAUGUGCAUAUGCAAAAAAAAAAAAAAAAAACAUUUUUUAUGAGUGAGUGUUUAUCUAUACAGAUGUGGUACUUUGUUGCGUGUAGCCCGAGGAUUCCAAGUGUCUUUGUGUGAACGUGCUUUGAAAAAGAUCCCAUUUGCCAUUUUUUUCCCCCUGCUUAAUUCUGAGUGAACAUGAUGUUAAUGAGAUUUUUUGACAAUUAGCCUUAUUAACUUUGCCAUCUUUUGAAUUUCCAGGGCCAGCCCCUACUUUGCGCGAGCUGUUAAUGAAUCAUUAUGCCCGCUGACUGGGUCACAUCAGACUGAGCCACGAGUGUUUAAUGUGCUAAUCGCGGCUGUUAAAACGGGUGGCCUGUGGCUCGAUGAGGACAGAGGGUGUCACCGUUUGUGUGGGUUUUAUAGGACGUUAUUUACAGGCUGUUUAGAGAAAGUAAAUGUUUUUGAUUUAUUAAUGUGCCCCACUGUUCAGAGGAGAUUUUAAGAUGUUCAGAGGUGUACGGGCACGGCCCCCCAACACCGCGGUUUUAUUUAGCAUCAUUUUGGAGUGGGCAAAAUGAUGUUAUGAUAUCAAGAUACGGGGGCCUUUAGCUAAUGCAGUAAAAUUAGCUCUCUGCAGCGAUAAGAUCCACUCGUUUGGCAUCUUUACCAGAAGCAUCAUCAUACCUUUUUGAAUGUUUUAUCUGAGGGACAGUUUGGAAAGCAACACCCAUCUGCUUGCAUUGGUUCAGAUUAGUCACGAGCCAGUUGCAAGUCUCGAGGUGUAGCGAGGUUUUAAAUGGUUAAAGUUUCGAAAAGCACUAAAAUGUUCCCUCACAUCAUUCCUGUAAGUCAUUUCAGUGAGAUGCCAGAGAAAGUGAUGGGGUGACAAAGUUUUCUACCUGGUGUUUAGUGCAUACCUAAUGCUGUUCUCAGGUUGCUGCAUCCUCCCUGUCAGCUGGCUGAAACACUGCCACCAUUAGCUGUUUGGAGAUAUUUCCAAUCUCAAACAAUACAAACGUCUAACUAAAAAUGCAAAAACUCUGUUUCUAUAUUUAUACCGUUAAGCACAAACAUAAUUAUUUCACUGGCAGAUCUAGAGCAGUGUUUUAAUUUCACCAACAUGUUUCUUUUGACUGGAGUCAAUGAUUUGUUUUGAGCCGAGUUCCUAACCAGAAUCUCACAUAGAUUGGAGAGAGAUAUGGAGGUUGGAGAGCAGGGAGGCCCUCCAAUCUCUUCAUAACAGAUGGUUAGACAUACCAGCAAAACCAUGGAAAAAUCUUGUCUGUAAUCACCACAUUAAUGUGUUUAAAUUGUAACAAAAUUUCUAACUACAUAUGCAAAAUCCAAAGCAAUUAAAUCAUGUUAUUUUUAAAAAAUGUUUUAAGGUGUUCUGUCAGUGCCAACAAACAUGCCCAGCUCAGGCAUUUUUCAAGACAUAUCAGUGUAACAUGACUCCAUAAGCAGUUUGAUGAAUUUCUCGUAUUCAUAAAGUUCAAGCCAAGUCAGACCAGAGAGCUUUUCUUAUCCAUAGCAUUUAACUGACAUAUAUUUACAUAGAUUGUUUAGAUAAUGAAAAAUUAAAGAUGUCCAAUAAGGAAUGACUUGACACAUAGUGUAUUCAAAUUUAAGCAUACCUUUUUAUGUGAAUUAUUUUUUUCUGCAGACUUCAAGCACUUCCAUGAUAAAGUCAUCAUAGAUGGAUUGUAGCCACUUUAUUCAGCUGAUUGGUUUAAGCUGUUAUGUGUGUUUUUUAAGUUGUUUAUCUUUUCAGUUUGUGGUGUAAUAAAGCUUUUGGAUUGUUUAA